AUGGAGGAUCCCUUUGUGGAAUCCAAGGAGGAAGUGGGGGAUGCCAGCGGCUUCCCACGCCGCCGCAAGAGAUUCGACAGCGAAGACGACGAGCGCCGAUACCAGGAGUAUGUGCGCAGCGAGUGCGAGAGGAGGAGCGAGGAGCGAAGGGAAAUCGGCCGCGGUUGUGACGAGAUGUUCGAGCAACUAGUCCAGAAGCUGAAGCGCCAGCGUGACGAGCUUUUUGAGCGCGAGUGCCAGGCACUGGAUGGCGAGUAUGAAGAGCUCUUUGACCGCGAAUAUCAAAAGAUUCAGAGCCAGAUCGAGCAACGCCACUUCGAGCAACGCCAGGCCGAGCUCCUCCAGAUCAAGGAGCGUCGGAUUGAGCAACGAAAGCAGGAGCAAGCGUCAUCAUCCAACAACAAAUUCCUGAGUCUCACCGAUUAUCUCACAGCUUGCCAUAUGCUGCACCUCCAGUUCAAAAAGGGCGUCUGUCGGUCCUUGAUCACGCAAAAGGAAGCACUGAGCUGGACCUUCCCGCGACGAAUCAUUCCAUGGGAUGUCAGCUUUCAGUCGUUACAACAGAGUAUAUGGAACCGCCUGCCGCUAGACUCUGACUUUGUCGAGCAGCGCAUGUUUUCUUCUAUUCAGCAGCUGGAGAAUGUGAGGCGGACCUUGGCUCCUGUGAAUAGCGAGGCCUCGCUGCAGCACUUUGGGGGAUACGCCAUUGAGAGCACCGUCUGGGAGAUGCUGGACAGACUGGGGGAAGACAGUGUGCUUUGGAAGAGACUUGGGCUUGAAGCCCUUGGGCAGGUGUCGAGGGAGGUCGACAAGGAUCUUGGCCAGGUGUACGAGCCCAUGCUCCAAUCCUCAUGGCACAAGGGCGCAGGCGAGUUGAAAUUGUCUAUGCGUAACUCACAUCGCAGGGCCAAGAGACAGGGCCUCUGGGCCAAUCGGUCGUGCAUAUACCGACAGCACGACGGCCAAAAGACUCCCGUCUUUGCCAUCAUGCAUCAGUUGCCCCAUCGCCUUCAGCUGGACGAAAUCGACUACGGCUUGGCAUCCGAGAUUGAGCUUGUACAGGAUGUGAUUGAUAAGGAGGGCAGUGAUUUCAAAUUUGCUUCGCAAACGCUCGUGGGUGCCACCAUCACUCAGCUUUAUUCUUACAUGGUCAGCAAGAGUAUUCGAUACGGAUGUGUUUCAACCGGAGAAGCCCUCAUCUUCUGCUGCGUCUCGAGAGAUGACCCUUCCAACAUAUACUGCACAGCAUGUGUACCUCAGCGCGAUGUGCAACAGGAUGAUCCUCUAAGACUUCAUCGAACGGCUGCAGCAUCGACUUUUGCCCUUGUGGUACACGCUCUCUUCGAGGCGCCACUCUCCGCAUUGUGGUACGACUCGGUCAAGAAUCUAGACACCUGGACUAUGGGAUACGACGAUCUUUUGGACAAAAUACGCAAGCUGGAUGCCCCAAAGCCCCAGGCAUCGCCUGCCCAAGGGCAUCGCUGGCGAGGGUUUGAUCAGUCUCCGUUGCUGAUAGAACAUAGGUAUGAUCGCAGCGAUCGCAAGAUGGGCGAAAGGAUAUGGCACUGGCUGGACAAUGUCUCUACCCAAUAUCUAGUCAACGAAGACUUCGACAACGAGAACGAUACCAAGAAACCCAGUAUACAGGAUCAGCCAUUCUGCUCACACAAAUGCCUUCUUGGUUUGGUGAAAACGACACAGAUGGAUGAAAACUGCCCCAACUACGAUUAUCACGGCUUCGGACACCCUAAUAUCGACGAGUUUCUAGACGACCUCGGUGAGCAGCUGGCCACGGAAGCAAACAGCGGCGCCAACUUUACACCUCUAGGGACCACGGGCUCGUACAAGUCCCUCUUCAAGGUGCGGCAUGCCACGCAGGGCUACACUUUUAUCGCAAAGGAAGGAGAAGGGCCUGAGUCCUUAUGGAGCGAGAAGCUGGUAUAUGACAAACUGAAAAAGUCUCAAGGCCGGCAUGUGCCUGUCUGCCUUGGACUCUUGCACCUAGAUAGGCCACAACAGGGAUACAGGCGAUUAUUUGCGGAACUGCUGCUUUUGAGCUGGGCUGGACGGCCUUUUCGACGCUGCCUGGGGCAAAUCAGCAAAGAGGAAGUUGCGAGCAAAGUAGAAUAUAUUCUGGGUUUGAUGCAUGAGCAGGGCGUCGUCUACAAUGACCCCUCUGAGCGAGGCAUUCCGGCGGGGCUCGGUCUUGACAUGAACAACUUUUUGUACGACGCCUCGCGCGACAAGGUGAUGGUGGUCAACUUUCGAACCUCGUCAAGGUCACGACAUGUUAGAUAUGAUAUAUGGGGCCAAGUAAGCUAUCAGAUGUCGAAGAAGAGGAAGAGGGACGAGCAGCAGGUGUCUGCGAUCCUUGCAUUUGAAGAGGAUGUGGUGGAUGCUGUUAACCAGGUUUUGACGUCGGUGGCGAUAGGCCGUAAGCGGCAGUUUUGGGAGAUAGAGAGUGAGAUUGGGGAUGACUCAAAAUACUAA